ACAAAGACUGAAAUACAUAUAACGAAGAAAUCUGAAGACUUCAAACCGGCAUGUUUAACCGAUAUAACUGGGACACUUGAAUUGUUCAAAUUCAAAAUUGCAAGCAGAAUGCGCCGCUUCGAAAGAUUUAGGCAAGACUGCAGUCAUCGUGCACGAAUGCGAGCAAUCAGAUCAAAGAAAUAAGAGACUUCCUAUGAAAAGUACAGAGAUAAGACGCUGCAUCAGACGAGCCACGGUGGUCGGAAUUAUUCUUGGAUAGCGCAUGCUCACAAUCACUCAAUUAUUGUCUAAAAAACGUAUUUUAUUCAAAUGAGUAUGUUUAAACUAUAUGCACAUUAUUCAUUUUGGUAUUCGAUAUUUUAUACAGAUCUCUAAUUUUCUUUGGUAUGAUGAUUUGGAGUGAUAGUGAGCUCUGUGUUGCUGGAAAUAGCGUGCAAUUUGCGCACGGAAACGUCAACUGGACAAAUAUCGUUGAAUCGUAACGAACAGGAACGUAUAAUUAUUCACGGUGAAACUCGAUUAU